UGCUAGGCCAUUUCCAACAAUCCCCAAUAACAAAAUCCAUUUGGGCUCUUUUUUCCCUUGUUCUUUUCCACCCCAAAAAAGAGGAUGUUUCGACCUCCUUUUGUACUAGUAUCUGUAGUUUCUUUCACGCUACUAAUUGCACUUGUCAACUCACACACCGAAUCGGGCGAGUGGAGCUGCGAGUCAUCUGAUUCGGGCACUCAAAUCGUGGCUCAGUUUCGACCUGGUGUUGUCACUCUUGAUGGGCACCCAGAUGAUUGGCAAGACAUUGGUGGGUUUGAAUUUUCUCUCCUUCCUGCUCUUGACCCUCAUGAAGAUGAUGCUUAUAAGGGUGGAAAAAUGACUCUUAAGGCACUACAUGAUGGUAAAGAUGUGUUCUUUCUGUUGCAAGUUGAUGGAGAAUAUGCUUAUUCCAAAAGCAAUAAUAACAAAUGUCCUUCUGUUGCUCUCAUGUUUCAGAUUGGCGAGAAUGCUACUUAUCAUAAUAUGGGUGGUUGUAAGGCAUCUCCCGACUCUUGCACCAAUAAGACAUGCCGUGGAUAUGAAGUUGACCUUAUGCAUUUCUCAAUAGGAACUGCUAUUCCUGGUCGUCUAUAUGGUGGAAACUUGUUAGACGUUGGAACCGGAAAUGACAGGUUUGGUCAUUUGGUCGAUGUGUAUGCCUGGAACCCACAUUGUCGAUACCUUGAUGGACAUGGACCCGCAGGAGCCAAUAAUACUGCUGAGAAUGAUUGGAAAGGAGCUUGGUGGCACAGCAGCCUCAAUAUUCACUCAGGUUUUGUGGAUGAAGACAGCCCAUAUGCAUCAAAUGGACAGAAAGGCACAUAUUAUUUUGAAUUUUCACGACCAUUGAGGACUAUGGAUCGGUUUCAACAGGAUGUCCAGUUCAAGAUUGGCGAGACGAGCAAGUUCUCAGCUGCUUUUUGGUAUCCAGUGGACGGUAACCCAUGGCAUGGAUCAGGCCAUUAUACAGUCAGCUGUGAUUGGCUACCGUUGGAUUUAAUCUCCGGAGGAUCUGUGCUUUCUGCAACCAAGUCCACCACAACAAGCUCCUGGGACGCUGCUGUUGCCUUUUCUCUCUUAUUCUCCGUUGUCGCUUUCUGCUUAUCUGUUUUUGUGGGAUAUCGUGUCUCUAUGCGUCAAGGUGUGCCGUUUACUCCCAUGGACGACCGGCUUUAGAUCGAUAGCAAUUUAUAUGUUGUAUUUUAAUAUUUUUUGCCUUCUCUUUUUGUUGGUUUUGAUUGGGAUCUAUUCUUUGUUACUAUUGAAAUGUACUAAAUUUGUUAUACAACAAUACGGUUCACUCAUUAGUCAUUACAACAAUAGGGUUAACAAUGAUCUAAUUUAAUGUUUAUAUGCACAAACUUUAGUUUUCCACUGUUCAAAGACCCAUAUUGGGUCAUUUGUCCGAAGAAGCAAGGGUAUUAAUAGGUCAUCGAGUGACCCAUUCUCUCAAACGGUCAUAAUUUUUUUUUUCAAAAAACUCUUCAGGUAAUGAUUGCUGGGUAUAAAAAAACAAAGAGAAAUAUAAAUCUUCCCUCUGAUAGUGUUUCGA